AGGGCUCAGACACACCGAGGAACACGCGUCGUGGGGAAUACUAUGGAGAAACACUUCUUCUUCCAACUUUUUCUGUUCUUUCUGUUUGCGUCAUGGAGGUUCGUGACCUGCAGUCCUAAUGCAAAAGCGGCUAAAGAAUUCCCUUCGCAUGUGUUCCACAAUAAAACUAUCAUCGCAGACCAUCACCAUCUAGAAGAAGACCUUAAACAUGAAAUAGGCGAUGUUGACUUGGAGAAAGCAUCUGAAGACGAACUGGAGUUUUACUAUUUCACAAUGCAUGAUUUCGAUCACAACAAGCUACUGGACGGGCUGGAGAUAAUGGCGGCAUUGCAGGACUCGCUUGAACAUUAUUUGGGGGACACAUUCUCAAAGGAAGAGAAGAUGAAGCAUUACAUAGAAAUGACGGACGAAGUUCUUGAAGAGGAUGAUCUGGACAAAGACGGCUUUUUGUCUUACGUGGAGUACAUGCACUCUCAAAAACGUACUGCAAGUCCCACCACCAUUCUGGAUAAGAAUGCAAAGGACAAAAACGGUUCCAAGAAGAGCACCUGACAUGUAUAUAGGCAUUUGUAUUAGACCUAUCCAUCUAUAUAAGCAUUUCUAUUAUGUUAAUAAAAGCCGUUUCUAUGUGAGUAA